AUGGAUAACCCAACUAGACAGCAGUUGUGCGCUGUCCACCAACAAACGUCAUGUAAUUGCGGGGUGGUGAAGUUCCACCGCUUCCCCAAGGAUCCGGUAUUGAAAGGAAGGUGGCUCUCUGCGCUGAACCGCAAGGAUUUCACGCCCACAGAACAUACUCGGGUAUGUUCGGCCCAUUUCGUGGCUGGAGAGAAGACGGACGAAAAUAUCGUCCCGCAGCUCUCUCUCGGGUAUGCGCGUAAGGUUGUCGUUGGGAGGCGCCGUUUGGUGCGUGAUGCCAGUUGCGAACCACUGACCACAAAGAGGAAGAAACUGUCUUCUGGAGCUGGAUGUGGAAUUAGCAGCGACUCUACUGCCGAACACAUGAUCGCUCUGGCAUCAACAUCAGCGCUAGCUGCUCCUGAACACUCGAGCACCAGCUACACACAAGUAGUGGAGCGCGUCAUCGCCUUGGCCUCCACAUCAGAGCCAGCUACUGAACACACGAGCACCGACUCCACUGCCGAGCACAAGAUCGCUUUGGCAUCAACAUCAGGGCCAGCUGCUCCUGAACACUCGGAGAGCACCAGCUCCACAGAAGAAGUCGAGUGCAUCAUCGCCUUGGCCUCCAUAUCAGAGCCAGCUACUUCUGAACACUCGAGCACUGACUCCUCGCAAGAGGUCGAGCAGAUCAUCUCUUUAGCCUCAACUUCAGGGCCAGCUGUUCCUGAACACUCGAGCACCGACUACAUGCAAGAGGUCGAGCAAAUUGUCGAAAGCGAUUUGGCCUCAACAUCAUGGGAGUCUACUCCUGAGCACACAGCAACUGAUCAUGGCAGCCAAAUUCGGUCAGAUGUGUGCCGCCAGGGGGUCCAGCGAGAAGACACAUGCCAUCGCGACCACGCCUACUCGAAACCCAAAGCUCCAGCUGCGACUCCUGCUCUUCAUAGUGGCUAUAGCCUUGAGGAUCGAGACAUCUUUUUUUAUACCGGUCUCCAUGCAGACGUCUUCAAGGAGUUGGUGAAAGUUGUGCCACAGUUUGCUACAACUAAUUUUAUGAUGCCUGUUGAGCAGCAGCUUUUGCUCACGCUAAUGAAGUUGAGGCUCGGCCUUAUAUAUGGCGAUCUGUCGAGGAGGUUUGCAGUUUCGGUUUCAACUGUAGGGAACAUUUUUCGCGCCAUGCUUGCUACACUAGGGCAAGUCCUAAGGAAUGUAGUGGUGUGGCUCUCUCGAGACACUAUCUUCAGAAACAUUCCGCGAUCCUUUGAGGAGAAUGGUUUUGCAGGCACUACUUGCAUCUUGGAUUGCACUGAGGUGUUCUUGCAGCGACCGAAAAAAUUGCUCGCUCGGGCACAGACGUAUAGCUCAUACAAAGGCCACAACACUGUGAAGUUUUUGGUGGCUAUUGCACCCCACGGAUCGGUGAUGUUCGUGUCCAAGGUCUACGGUGGACGAGCGUCGGACAAGCAUAUUGUAAGAGACUCUGGAAUCAUUUCACACUUUGAACAUGGCGAUCAUGUGAUGGCCGACAGGGGUUUUUCUCUUGACCCCGAAAUGGAAGCGAAGGGAGUAGCACUCAACACGCCAGCCUUCACUCGAGGGAAGGCUCAGUUAUCCGAACAAGAGGUGACGGAGACUAGGAGGAUUGCGUCUGUCCGAAUUCACGUAGAGCGGGCAAUAAAUAGGAUAAAAUCCUACAGGAUUUUGAAGCAAGCACUCCCCAUACAGCAUCGCAAGGUUGCAAGCGACAUAGUUUUUGUAUGUGCAGGGUUGUGCAACCUGAAGGGGCCUUUAAUCAAAAAGUGAUGUUCUCCCCAGCACUUUGCCCAUAUGAAGGUGAAAAGGUGGUUGCUGACAACUGUAUACUGGCAGCACCCUGGAGAAGUGGCCAUGGCAGCUUACUGUCCUCAUUCCACGCCUUGUCACGUGUCGUUCACAAGGCAAGCAAGCAGCUUUGGCCUUCACUCCAUGGUACUGCCAGUAUGGGGCCGUCGGCAAUCACCUGUUCAACUUUAUAUACUGUAAAUAACUUAUUUUUUGCGGGCUCAGUAUUUCGCUAUUCAGGUCAAACCUUAAGUUUUGGAAUAAUUAGUGGGUUCCAAUUUUCACGGCGCGGUGGGAUUUCAAUGUAUAGAUUUUAAUCUACAUUGAGGGACGAAUAAGGGAGCGGACGAGCGGCUUGCAUGCUUUCGCAUUCACAACUCAUAAGGAAUGCUUAAGUGUACCUCUAUCUUUUGAUCAAUCAAACUUUUUACUGCCAAAACUUUCAAGCAUCACACAUUGUAUAAAAAAAUAAAGAAUACUGCACUGCCUGUCUGCCUCGGUCCAUUACAUACGUGCAAGCUGCUUGUACUCAUUUGAGAGCGUUAUCUUUCCAGAGUUAACGUCUUCCA